ACGGACAGUGGAGGGUGGGGGUGCAGAUUUCUGGAGGAUUCUGCAGCAAUCAUCUGAGAACACCCCGGUUUAUUUGUGGGGGCUGUUUUUGCCUCACAGAUAGCCUCUUAGCCUGGAUGUGAGAACGGGAAGCUUUCGGGAUCCAACGACUGGAAUAAACUGACACCAGCACGUCUCUGCAAAUAUGUCGAAAAGACCAUCCUACGCCCCCCCACCUCCCCCUGCCCCGACAACUCAAAUUUCCAGCAGUGCCGGGUUUGUGGGCUACAACCCGUACAGCCACCUGGCCUACAACAACUACAGGCUGGGGGGCAGCCAGAGCACCAACAGCAGGGUGACGAACUCCUCUGGAAUAAACAUCCCGAAGCCUCCCAAACCCCCCGACAAGCCCCUGAUGCCGUACAUGAGAUACAGUCGAAAGGUUUGGGAUCAAGUAAAAGCCUCCAAUCCUGAUCUGAAGCUUUGGGAAAUUGGGAAGAUAAUCGGUGGCAUGUGGAGGGACCUCACUGAUGAGGAGAAACAGGAUUAUUUGAAUGACUACGAAGCAGAGAAGAUCGAGUACAACGAGAGCAUGAAGGCCUACCACAACUCGCCCGCCUACCUGGCCUACGUCAACGCCAAGAGCCGGGCCGAGGCGGCGCUGGAGGAGGAGAGCCGGCAGAGGCAGUCCCGCCUGGACAAGGGCGAGCCCUACAUGAGCAUCCAGCCAGCCGAGGAUCCAGACGCAUCUUCUCAGAUCUCUUUCCUGUCCUCAGAGUUCGACGACGGUUUUUCAGUGAAACAUUCGGCCGCUUCUCGUUUCCAGAGGAACCACCGUCUGAUCAGUGAGAUCCUGAGCGAGAGCGUGGUCCCGGACGUGCGCUCCGUCGUCACCACGGCCCGCAUGCAGGUCCUGAARCGCCAGGUCCAGUCCCUCAUGGUGCACCAGAGAAAACUAGAGGCGGAGCUGCUGCAGAUCGAAGACCGGCACCAGGACAAGAAGAGAAAGUUCAUCGAAGCCACAGAGUCCUUCAACAGCGAGCUCAAACGGCUGUGCUGCAUGAAGGUGGAGGUGGACAUGGAGAAGAUUUCUGCAGAGAUCAACGCAGCUGAAGAGGCGGCGCGUAAACGGAUGGCCGAGCGGGACAAGGACUCGGGGGACCGAGGAGCUAAAGAUGCGCCGGCGUGCGUCCUGGCCGAGGAGGACAAACACGUUUGUUCCACGCACGGCAAGAAGUCUCAGCCGAACCCUCAGAACGAAAGCAGCAACAAGGAGGGAGAAGACGCCGGGUYGAACAGUGCCGACACUCCAGGGAAGCUGAAGGCCUCCGAGGAGCUCGAUGUUCAUCCAGGAAGUGACGAGGCGGCGUCCGAGGACAAGGAGAGCGUCCCGGAGGGGGUCCUGGAGGAGGGAACCAGUGACAGCAACACGGGCUCAGAGACCACCUCGGCUCAGACUGAGGACCCUGGUCCCGGUGAGCCGGCUGAGGGUCCCAGCAGGACCCGGGCGGCCCACUGAGACCGGCAGCAGACUCUGAACCAGCCGCGGGGCCCGUCCUUUCAGAAACCGCACAAUGUGACGUCUGUCUGUCCUAGCUCUUGAUAAACAAAAACAACAUGUCUGCACUCACAGCCGACGCCGCGGUUAGCUCGRUCAGCAUCAUCGGCUGCUAAAACAAGCCGCAGAAACCUGCAACGGUGUUUUCUGCCAGUAAAAUCGACACUUUAAUCUGGGCUUUAACGCUUUAAUGAUAACUUUAGAAUGAUACUUUCUCCUCUUUUUGUUUGUUUCCUGACUCGCUGUGUUAAGCCCCGCCCCCCAUGUGAAGCACCAAGUUUCAGAAGAGCUGGCCCUUCUUCAGCACAUGUUGAUACAUAUCUUAAAACAAAAAUACUAGGUGUUAUAUUUCAGUGUGUGGUCGUCCUGCUGUUGCUUCGGUUGUUUUGCAUGCUGUAGUUUUUGUUUUUGAAACGAGCUGGAGUUUUUUUUUUGUGUACUCUCUGUAUCAGUAUUACAGUGGCAGUAUUGUCUCAGGAGUAUGUAGUCGUUAAGUAGUACUUAAUCUUUAUUUAUUAUCAGCGUUUUGAAUAUUGUUGGUGUACCGGGUGCUGCGGGCCCGGCCCAUCUUUCAGUGUGAAUCAUCGAUGCUGUAAAAUACUUGACUACCAGUGUUCUGAAGUUUUACUGGCUGCCAAUCAAA